AUGAACCAAUUAGUCCAGCAAAAUUCAAUGAUUCUACAACGCUUAGCCGCCCUUAAUGAGGUGGAGAAUAAUGAAGUGCCCAAUAAUGACUCCCGUAGGAUUGACAACGACGCUGAGCUUAGUCAAAUAGGGGGUCAACAGAGAAGCCAUCACCAUCGGUCUCUUGAACGGAAUAACACCAGGCUCCGUGCAGAGCCAGUCUUUUUGCAGAUUCAAGAUGACGCAUCAUUGAAAUGGCCGCCAAAGCUAAAAGCUGAUCCAACAAAGAGGUCUCUAGGUAAAUACUGUAGGUUUCACCGGGACCAUGGACAUAACACAGAAGAUUGUUUCGGCCUCAAAAACCAGAUCGAAAACCUUGUUCGUAAAGGUCAUUUACGCAAAUUCACAACUAGAAAUGGAAAAGGAGGCUCCAACCCAGCCCGGGAGGGCCGAGAUGAUCGCCCUCUUCAACACCAACCAAUGGGUGAGAUCAAAGUUAUAUCGGGUGGCUUCGCUGGUGGUGGUGAGACAAGUUCGGCUAGGAGGUCUCAUGCUAGGAGAAUUCGGAGUUUUUCAGAGGUGAAUGAAGUUGGAAUGACAAGUCCUCCAACAAAAUUACCUCGAGUUGAGGAGCUGGUCAUAACCUUUUCUGAAGAAGAUGACAAGGGAAUUCACCAGCCCCAUGAUGACCCUCUGGUAGUUUCCAUGGUCGUUGCUAAUUUCACUGUUCGACGAAUACUGAUAGACAAUGGUAGCUCGGCUGACAUACUAUUUCUUAGGGCGUACGAGAAAUUGAAAAUUGGCCGAGAGAAGCUCCGACCCAUGAAGUCACCACUGGUGGGAUUUUCAGGCGACAAAGUAUAUCCACUGGGGGCAGUUACCCUUCCAGUUACUGUAGGAGCCAAUCCAAAGCAGGUCACUGUAAUGGUGGACUUUGUAGUGGUGGACUGCCCAUCAUCAUAUAAUAUUAUCAUGGGGAGGACAACAUUGAAUGCCAUGAAAGCAAUCACGUCCACUUACCAUUUCCUGAUGCGUUUCCCAACUGAAUAUAGUAUGGGAGAGCUAAGAGGGGACCAAACAAUAGCUCGCGAAUGUUAUGUCGCCUCUCUCAGAAAACAAAAUCGCAAGAGGCAUUUACGAUUGAAGGGCUGGAAGGGAAAGAUAGACCAGACUUUCAUAGAGCAGAACCUACAGAGGAGCUAG